CAAAUUAUAAACGUUUAAGAGAAUCUAUACAUAGAGUUGAUGCAUUUGAAGCAAUUACACGGUGGACAGAAAUUAAACCUCGUCGUACAGUACAUACCAUGUUGCAAAGCAAAUGCCUGUGAGCUGUGACAUGUGGAUGAUAAGUUAAUUCAAUGAAAAUUCGUCAUUCAUGCAGGAAUAGAUGGAUUUCCAGGUUGAUUGCUUGUGUGCACUGUAGUGAUAACAAUCGAUUAGAUACUACUCAUUUUAAAGGGGCAUGUAAUUAUUUUGGUACACCUAGUCAUGUCCGGGCAGAUCGUGGUGGAGAAAAUGUAAAAUGUUAAAAUUCAACGAUAUAUGAAUGCCUACCGAAGUGAAAAUUGUGGAAGAUCAGUUCAUAAUCAAAGAAUUAAACGUCUUUGGUAGAUUUAGUAUAAAACUUUUUGCUUCUAUUAUUGUAUUUUUACCACGAAUUAAUCAGGAUUUAUUAAAAUGGAAAGCAUCAAUGGAAUGUCACACUGAAAAUCAACAAACUCCUAUGCAAUUAUAUACCAAAGGAAUGAUUCAAUAUGGAUUUAGAGGGAUGGAAGAAGAGAUUGUUAAUCCAAAUGAUUAUGGAAUUGAUUGGGAUGGGCCGAUUUCAAAAAGUAAUGAUGAUGUUAAUGUAAUAGUUGAUGAACCUAAACAGAUAAUCAAUAUAAUCUUUUACAAUCUUUGUUAA